UUUUGUGUCUCUCGCAGCUGCGCGGCCACGAUGCACUGAUGAGUUAAUUGUCGGCAGCUGUGCGCGCUCACACAUACACACACACACGCAGGCGCGUGGACAGCAGCAGAGCAGAAGAAAACGAUGUUCCAGGUCCAGGUCCAGGACUGUCUUGUCCUCAGAGACUCAAAGUGUCUUGUUUCCGUUCUUCGUGAUGAAGGUUUGACCGGAGUCAGCAUCACCACACUAGACCAGUGUGUUACCAAGGCUCUGAGUGGGCGUGGCUUCAGCAGUGUCCUGGUUGUAUUAAAGUCUUUACAGAUUUUGUCUGAAAACAGAGACGAGCUGCAGACUCUCGUCAACCAUGGACUGACCACAAAGGUGUUGCUGUGGUUUAAAAUCAUCCAUGACCUUCUGACCUCUGACCCUCAUAGAAGCUCCGCCUCCCUGCACAGCCUGACUGAGGAAUUUUAUGACUACUUCCUGAUUCUGUCUCACUCGUCUCUCUCAGUGUCUCAGGUGUCUGUGGUUCUUGUCCAUUUGGUCCAGUCCAGUCUAGAACCACAGAUCCACUUCCCUGUCAGACUUGAGGCCAUUAGAACUUUGAACAGAAUCCUCGAGUCAGUGAGUCCAGACCAGAGGAAACUGAUCCAGACCCACCAGAACCAGAACCUCAUCCAGAGUCAGCUGGCUGCAGCAGUUCUCUCAGCUGGAGACUACGAGCUGCAGGUCAGCCUAUCAGAGGCUCUGUGUCGUCUGACGCCCAAGAAAAAGCGCCAGCUACAGGCCACUCACUGGUUCAGCAGCUGUGACAUCAGAGACGCCUUCUGUGACAUCAGAGACGGAGACUUUGAGGUGGACUGCAGACGUUUCCUGAAUUUUGUGAACAGUUUCCAUGGUAACCAGAGGAGAGUGUUUUCUUUCCCGUGUGUCCGGGUUUUUCUGGACUCUACACAGCUGUUUCGACCUAAAGACGACAAACUGGACGAGUUCUGGAUCGAUUUUAAUGUCGGCUCAGGAUGUGUGAGCUUCUUUGUCAACGAUCCUAACGGUUACCUGUGGGACUCUGUUCACCUGCUCAGAGAGGAUGUGAGUUGCUACAGUUUCCAGGUCAAACACGAAGAAUGCACUGGGACUGAGACUGUCCUCAGCGUCCAUCUGAACAAUCCCAUCAUGCACCACAGCAGCAGAGGUCAGAGGGUGGAGCUGAUUUUCAGCUGUGAUUAUCAGAGAGACCUGCAGGAGGCAGCAGAGAGGGUCUUUAAGAGUGGGAGGAGCUCCCCUUCUAAUAAAGCAUCAGGAAGUAAAGUCCAGGCUCCACCCCCUGUACGCUCCUACAGCAGAAAGAAACCACAGAAGAAGAGCCAUCUGAAGAUUCUUCCUCUGUCGUCUCCCAGCAGCGAGGACGACUCCUGUGUGUCAAAGACUCCAAGUAAAAGCAGAGCAGAGAUUCUGUUUGAUCAGAUCAGACACUCAACGCCCAACUACAGCACAGGUGUUCCUGUGGGGGCGGAGCCAGUGGUGUCACACAAAUACACAGUGGAGGUUGGAAGAGGAGCUUCAGCUGUACAGCAGGAAGUAGUCAGCAGUGACAGGAAGAGAGCUGCUGCUGACUCAGGUUACCUGUCGGAUCACACUGAGGGCAGCCCAGCCCACAAGAAGAAGGUGGAGCCACAGGCAGAGAGGGAGGGGUCUGUGCACUUCCUGAACGUUGAUACUGGAUCUGUUGCUCAUCUGGACUCAGUGUGGUCACCUGAGGGGGUGGGGCCACUAACAGAUGAGGUGGAGCCAUUUGGGGAAGGAGUUGAGGGGGAGGGGUCAGCGAACACGCUGGGGGUGAGGCCAGAGUCAGACCUGACAUCAGGUUUCACCAAUGUGUUUAAAAACCUCAAAGCAGAACUGGAGCAGCACAUGACGAGCUGCUGGAAGAAAGUGGAACAAAACAUUCAUCUGUCCUUUAACGAGUGUCAACAACAGGUGACGUCAUUGCUCACAGCUGUCCAUCAACACAGGUUGUCGCUGCUGCAGAACUUUGAAAACAUCGUCACUGAUGAACUGAAACAUCUGGAGGAAAAUUCAACACAACUGAACAACCUGAACACACAGAUACAGACUCAGAUCCAGCGUCUCGGGUCCUUCUGUAAUGAUCAGCUGAUCAGGCUGAAACGUCUGGAGAGCAGAGACUCUGAAGACCAGGACCUGAGAACAUAGACCAGUCCACAAAGUGAUUGAGUAAUGAUGUCCAACUAUAAAGACAUGAAAAGCA